AUGAAAAAAACAAUUCACUAUCAUCACAAAGAUAAUGAUGUAACUACUACUAUUCAUGAAGUUGAAGUCGACAAUGUCGAUUCGAUUAAUGAAGACAUAGCUAUAAUAGAUGAGAAUGAAUUUGCUAAUGUUAAUGGGAUCACCUACUCAUUGGAUACAUUGUUAGGGGAUGAUCUUGUUGAUUCCAAAAAACAAGAAAGUUCAAUUGGUGAUGAUGCGUCAAUUGUUCCCAAUAACAGCAGCAAGAAUAGUGAUGGUAGUAGUAUUAACAAUGAAUCUAAGGAGGAAAUUGUAGCAAAAAGUGUUUUAUGGCCAAUUAGUCCAAUACAUGGACAUCAUUUCAAAGAAGAAAGUAAGCUAUAUUUUUGUGUUGUAUAUUUAGCACCUGGUGAUUAUCAUAAAUUUCAUUCACCAACAAAUUGGGUUGUUGAAUAUAGACGUCAUUUUGCAGGAGAAUUAUAUUCCGUUUCACCAUAUAUGUUGAGAAUAUUAACAGAUUUAUUUGUGUUAAAUGAACGUGUUGUGCUAUUAGGGAGAUGGAAACAUGGAUUUUUUUCUAUGACUCCUGUUGGUGCAACUAAUGUUGGAUCUAUAAAAAUAAAUUUCGACAAGGCACUUUGUACAAAUAAAGGUGAAGAUUUAACAGUUGGUACAUAUACGGAAGCUUCAUACAGGAAAGCUAGUAAAUUAUUAGGUGGUCAGCCUUUAAGAACUGGCGAUGAAAUAGGUGGAUUUCAAUUAGGUUCUACUAUUGUAUUAGUUUUUGAAGCACCAGAUAAUUUUAAUUUUUCUAUAAAACCUGGCCAGAAAAUUAAAUUUGGUCAAAAAUUAGGAAAUGUUUCUUAA